AUGGAGGAGAAGAUUUGCAGCGAGUUGAAGCUCACUAAGUUAAGGCAACAAAACUUCAACCGAAGUUUCAAUGAAAUUCACGAGCAAGCCUCUUCCUUUCUCUUACUCACUCUUCAAUGGAAAGAACUCCAAACUCACUUUGACUCCACUUUCAAUUCCAUCGAAGACUGCGCCAAAGAGCUUCACACGAAGGAACGGCAACUGGAGGAGAGAGAGAAGGAAGUUGAAUCGAAGUGGAAGGAGUUUGAAGAGCGGUGCGAAGAGUUUAUAAAGUUGAGAGACGCGGAGGUUGAGUUGGAGAGGAAGAAGUUGGAGGAGAGGCGGAAGGAAGUUGAAGAGAGGGAGGAGUUGAUGAGAGAGAAGUUUGUUGAUGAGAUUGAGUUGAAGGAGAAGGAAAUUGAGGAAAGGCGAAAGGAAAUAGAAGUGGAAAGGAAGAAGCUUGUUGAAGGGAUAAUGUUGAAGGAGAAGGAAAUUGAGGAAAGGCAAAAGGAAAUUGAAGUGGAAAGGAAGAAGCAACUCAAUGAAGGGUACAUGGAAGUUGCAUGUGUGAAGUUGAAGUUAGGGGAACAACUUAAAGAGUGUGAAUUGAAGGAGAGGUGGCUUGAGGAUAGGGCUUUGGAGAUUGAAUUGGAGAGGAAGAGAAAUGUGGAGUGUUUUGAAGAGCUUAAAUUGAAGCAAGAGGAAGUUGAAUUAGGGGCCAUGAAAUACAAGAGGUUGAUAGAGGAGCUUGAAUUGAAAGAGAAACAAUUUGAUGAAAGGUGCGAGGAAGUUGAAUUAGAGAGAAAGAAGCUAGUUGAAAAGCUUGAAUUGAAGGAGAAGCAACUUGUAGAGCAGCAGAAAGAAUCGGGGAAUAAAAAGUUUGUUGAAGGGGCUGAAUUGAAGGAAAAGCAACUUGAAGAGCGGUGUACGGUGGUUGAAUCGGAAAAGAAGAAACUUGAGGAACAGUCCAAGGAGAUUGAACUGAAGGAGAAACAUCUUGAAGAGCAGUUGAAAGAAGUUGAAUCGAAAGACAUGAAAAACAAGAAGUUUAUGGAGGAUUUUGAAUUGAAAGAGAAACAAUUUGAUGAAAGGUGCAAGGAAGUGGAAUUGGAGAGAAACAAGUUAGUUGAAAAGCUUGCAUUGAAGGAAAAGCAACUUGUAGAGCAGCAGAAAGAAGUUGAAUUGCAAAUCAAGAAAAUCAAGAAGUUUUUUGAAGAGGUUGAGUUGAAGGAGAAGCAAGUUGAAAAAAGGCGCCUGGUAGUUGAAUUGCGGAAUAAAAAGUUUGUUGAAGAGGUUGAACUGAAGGAAAAGCAACUUGAAGAGCGGUGUAAGGUAGUUGAACUGGAAACGAAGAAAUUUGAAGAACAGUCCAAGGAGAUUGAAUUGCAGAAGAAGCAUCUUGAAGAGCAGUUGAAAGAAGUUGAAUUGGGAAACAAGAGGGUUUUGGAACAAGCUAAAGGGCUUGAGUUGAAGGAGAAACAGCUUCUGGAGCGGUUUAAGGAUCUUGAAAUGGAAAUUAAGAAGUUCAUGGAUAAAUCUAGAGAACUUGAAUUAAAGGAGAGAAAACAUGAAGAACAGUGUAAGCAACAAGACGAGAAACGGAAACGAUUUGUUGAUACUGGUAAUACCCAUGUGAAGAUUGAGACACCAGAUGAUUUUGUGGUUAAGAAUGCUACAGAUGAUAAUCUCCGUCAUUUGUUGACUAUGGAUGGAAAGGCCUUGCAAAUAUUCUUAAAUAAGUCUCGAAAAUAUGACGAGAAGAUAAAAAAUGAAGUUCUUACCGCUCUAGGACUAUCAUCGGAUCCAGCAAAGCUUGUUUUGGAUGCAAUGGAAGGGUUUUACCCACCUCGUAUCUCGAAGGGUGAUGUGGUUUACAAUGGGAUUGUGGUAAAAAAGAGUUGCAAACUUUUGCUGGAGCAAUUAAUGGCAUUGUCACCACCAAUCAAGCCACAUGUGAGAGAAGCAGCAAGAGAGCUUGCGUUUGAUUGGAGGACCAAAAUGAAAAAGGAUCGUUAUUUAGAGGUUUUAGGAUUUUUUAGGCUCUUGGCUUGUUAUGGACUGGCUUCUGUUUUUGAUGCUUGUGAACUAUUCAAUGAUUUGGUGACUGUUGCUCAAGAGAGGCAGACCCCUGAAUUCUUACGUGUCCUUGGUUUAGUAGAUGAGGCCUCCCGUGGUACUAUGCUAGUUUAUGAUGUUGCACAGCUAACAUUAUGCUAG